AUGUUGCUUUUGCGGUCUUUGGUGGCGGUAAUUCAGUUGGCUUCGCCAUGGGGCCCCGUCUUGGGCGGUAUCUUUGUCCAGGCCGCGAGUUGGCGCGCCGGCUACUGGAUGUCCACCAGCGUCAAUGCGGCAUUCAUGAUCCUCGCCUUCUUCUGUCUGCCUAGGCGUCUCCCGGGAUCGGAUCGAGUCCCACUGAAGAGCAUGGUCCACCGUCUUGCCCAUGAGCUAAACUGGGUCGGCGUCGGUUCUGCUAGUGCCUUUUUGGCUCUCCUGUCUUACCUCUUCUCCGAGCUGACAAACGGCGUCGCCAGCUUUAUUCGCCGGCCUCACUCCAUUGCCCUGUCAAUUGUUGCUGGAUUGCUUGUUCCAUUUUACGUCUUCUGGGAGAGUCGUCAGGAGAGACUUGGCCGCCCAGCCGUUCUUCCAAAUAGCAUUUGGCACCGACUCGAGUUUGCAACCGUCUGUCUCUCCGUCUUCCUCACCUGGUCCUGGUUCAACGCGUUUUCGUACUGGGCCACUCUUUAUUAUCAGGAGUCCCAGCAGCUAGAUGCCUUGCAGACGGCUGUACGGUUUCUGCCAGUGUUUGUCUCUGGUCUAGGUACCAACCUCGUCGCAGCCUAUAUCAUGGACAGAGUCGACGCGGGUAUGCUGAGCCUCAUCGGGGGAAUCAUGAGCAUCGCGGCACCUCUUAUCUUUGCCUUACAGGAAGUGUUGUGGAUGUACUGGAAGUCUGCCUUCCCGGCCAUGAUCAUCAGCGUCAUCAGCACCGACCUCCUCUUCAACAUCAACAACCUGAUCAUUACGAAUAACUUCCCGGGCAAGAGCCAGGCUCUCGCAGGUGGCGUCUUUAACACUGUUGCGCAGUCAGGCAACAGCAUCGGCCUGGCUGUCACUGCUAUGAUUGCGGCUUCGGUACAGAAAGCUGCUGGAAGCGAAAAAAUGGCUACGAGCGGCUCCGUGACAUUCAAUUCUUCUCUGCUGCAGGGCUACCGGAGCGGAUUGUGGACAUGCUUCGCUGCUGCUGUUGUGGCCACACUGAUCAGUUCGACUGGCUUGCGAAAAGCUGGGAAGGUGGGAGAAAAGAAAGAGGUCUAG